AUGGCGGCGGCGGAGCGUGGGGGCAGCCCCUCGCUGCCGGCCGCGGAGGAGGAGCCGCCGCUGGGGCUCGACUCGCUGGUGGAGGAGGCGGCGGCCGCGGCUCCGAGCGCCGGGUUCCGGCUGACGGCGGUGCGGAGGGAGCCGGCGGUGCGGCUGCAGCAUGGCGUCAGCGGGCUGGAGCCGCUGGCCUGGUCCGAGGACCACCGUGUGUCGGUGAGCACGGCCCGCAGCAUCGCCGUGCUGGAGCAGCUCAGCGACGUGCACAGCGGCGGGCAGGAGAUGGUCAUCCACCGCACGGCCGUGCCCGCGCCCUCCGCCGCCUGUCUGCUCAAGGUUGGUCCAAAAAAGGAGGUAGCAGAAUGCAAGGAAAAGUUUGCAAAUUCCAUGGAUCCAACGGUUAGUCAAACUUUUAUGCUGGAUCGAGUAUUCAAUCCCGAGGGGAAGUCUUUGCCACCCAUGCGAGGAUUCAAGUAUUCCAGCUGGUCGCCACUGGGCUGUGACGCCAAUGGGAGGUGCCUGCUUGCAGCUUUAACCAUGGACAAUCGAUUGACCAUCCAUGCAAACCUCAACAGGCUGCAGUGGGUGCAGCUGGUGGACCUGACGGAAAUCUAUGGGGAGCGUUUGUACGAAGCCAGUUACAAACUUUCCAAGGCUGACACUCCCAGGGGGGAGUUAGGAGACUUCCCUGAAUUUCAGCGGCGGCACAGCAUGCAGACUCCCGUGCGCAUGGAGUGGUCAGGCAUCUGCACCACUCAGCAGGUCAAGCACAACAACGAAUGCAGGGAUGUGGGCAGCGUGCUCUUAGCAGUACUCUUUGAAAAUGGUAACAUUGCAGUUUGGCAAUUUCAGCUUCCGUUUCUGGGUAAGGAAUCAAUUACUUCUUGCAAUACGAUAGAGUCUGGAAUAUGUUCCCCAAGUGUGUUGUCUUGGUGGGAAUAUGAACAUAACAACCGAAAGAUGAGCGGACUUAUCGUAGGGAGUGCUUUUGGACCGGUUAAGAUCCUUCCUGUCAAUCUGAAAGCAGUCAAAGGCUACUUUACACUGAGACAACCCGUAGUCUUAUGGCAAGAAAUGGACCAGUUACCAGUGCAUAGUAUCAAAUGUAUUCCUCUCUACCACCCAUACCAGAAAUGUAGUUGUAGCUUAGUGGUGGCCGCAAGAGGAGCUUAUGUGUUUUGGUGUCUCCUGUUGAUAUCCAAAGCAGGUCUGAAUGUCCAUAAUUCCCAUGUGACAGGGCUUCAUUCUUUGCCAAUUGUAUCAAUGACUGCAGACAAACAGAAUGGCACGGUGUAUACGUGCUCCAGUGAUGGAAAGGUAAGGCAGCUCAUUCCUAUAUUCACAGAUGUUGCUUUAAAGUUUGAGCACCAGCUGAUUAAGCUCUCGGAAGUGUUUGGCUCUGUCAGGACUCAUGGAAUAGCUGUUAGCCCGUGUGGGGCAUACUUGGCAGUUAUUACAACAGAGGGCAUGACUAACGGUCUGCACCCAGUUAACAAAAACUACCGAGUCCAGUUUGUCACCCUUAAGACUUUUGAGGAGGCAGCUGCGCAGCUCUUGGAAUCUUCUGUUCAGAACCUUUUCCGGCAAGUGGACUUGACAGACCUUGUACGCUGGAAAAUCUUGAAGGAUAAGCAUAUUCCUCAGUUCUUACAGGAAGCACUGGAUAAAAAGAUUGAGAGCUGUGGUUCCACCUACUUCUGGCGGCUUAAGCUAUUUCUCCUAAGGAUUUUGUACCAGUCAAUGCAGAAAGCUCCCUCAGAGGUCAUGUGGAGACCUUCACACGAGGACACAAAAAUCUUGAUAUCUGAUUCCCCUGGGAAGGGCAGCACUGAAGAUGAUCAGGAGGAAGGAACUUCCAAACAAGCCAGCAGGCAGAGCCUGUAUAACACUGGCAAAGGUAUGGACAUAGAUGACACUGCAGAUGAUUCUCUUCCUCAGUCAAGUGACAUAGGAGGCCAUGAGCCAAUGGAAGAAAAGCUUCUUGAAAUACAGGCACAGAUUGAGGCAGUAGAAAUGCACUUGACACGAGAACACAUGAAACGGGUGUUGGGAGAAGUGUAUCUACACACAUGGAUUACAGAAAACACCAGUAUUCCCACCAGAGGAGUCUGUGACUUCUUAAUGUCCGAUGCUGGCUAUGAUGACAGAACAGCACGAGUGCUGAUCGGGCAUAUCUUAAAGAAAAUGAACAAACAGACUUUUCCAGAGCACUGCAGCUUGUGUAAAGAGAUCCUGCCAUUCACCGAUCGCAAACAGGCAGUCUGCUCCAAUGGACAUAUUUGGCUCAGGUGCUUUCUAACUUACCAAUCCUGCCAGAGUCUGGUGUACAGGAGGUGUUUACUUCAUGACAGCAUUGCACGGCAUCCAACCCCAGAAGAUCCUGAAUGGAUCAAGAGGUUACUGCAAGGACCUUGCACGUUCUGUGAUUCUCCUGUUUUCUAGAGAAAAACUAUGUAAAGAUUAAAAGUACUUUCUCUAUUGCAUAAGCUCCCUUCAGUCUCAAAGGAUAUAGAGCACAGGAAUCAGACUUUAAUGAAGGGGAAAGACAUUGUUCAUAGCCUUGUAAAUAGACCAUCACUAGUUCUAGAAACUCCUUGAGUCCAGAGCCUAUUCCAUGCUCCAGAAACAGGAAUACAUCUGGAAGAGCGAGUUUAUGAAGUGGUUUGGAAAUGCACUCCCCCACUGAAGCAUCAGCAGUUGGACAUGCUUCCUUUUGCCGAAAAGGGACCGAAGUCAAGCACGCAGCAUGAACUGCCCUUUCUGCCUGACAACAGUGUGACUUCCCAAAAGCCAGGACGGAAACAGCGGAGCUGCCUCUUGAAUGCUCUUGGCCAUGGCUGAAUCAACCCAAAUGUGAAUCCUUGGAGCACUUUAUCACAGGAGGAUUCAUGCGCUGCUGAGAGCCUGCGGCAGGAGUCACAGGACUGCACCAGCCCCACAGCGUUCUCACUGAGCACGAAGCCAGGAGACCAGCCUUGCGAUGGAAAAACCCAAGAGCCAUCCACAUGGAACUGUUCAGAGGAGAGCUUAAUUUAAUUACUCUGCUAAUCUAGUUGAUCUCUUCAUGCUACUUUAAUUCCAUUCUGGGGUGCGAGGGUUGUGGCUGCCAGACCAUGCGGUCACCAGGCUGACUAAAAAGCAAAGCUGAGUUUUAAUCCUCAGUUUCUGUAUUUUUCCUUUAAGACUCAAGCUCACAGGAGGGUGUGACGAGGUUGCUGUGAAUAUCAAUGCUGUGUAUAUGGCACACUUUGUAAAUGUGAAGCAAACCUGGAUGAAUGUUUUGUAUACCACCACAGUAGCACUGUAAUCCUGCUCCUUUUUUUACUCUAAAUAAAUAAAUAAAGUAUUUGUU